AUUAUUGUGUACACAUAAUAUGUUUGCUGCUGCUACCAAAAGUUUUGUUAAGCAGGUCGGCGAUGGAGGUCGACUAAUUCCUGUCCGUAGCCUCAGCGAAGCUGAUAAAUAUCAGCCCCUCGGUCUUGUUAUCAAGAAGAAAAGCUGCCUUUCCAAAAGAGCCAAAUUUAUUUCAACACCAUUCAGCCUCAAAGACAUUCUUCAAGGAGAGAAAGAAAUUUCAGCAGGUAUUUCAUCCUACCAAUUACUGAAUUAUGAAGACAAAUCAGAUGUAACACUCAAUGGUAGACGAGGAAAUCACAUCCGAAAUUCUGUUGGGGUCAAUGUUGCUGGAUCAGAUUCUCUUGCAGUCAAGGCUUCAUUUGGUAUUGUAACUAAACACGAGGUUGAGGUACCAACAUUACUCAGAGAACUUACUAGUAGAAAAAUUAAUUUUGAUCACUGCCUUAUUCAUCAGUCACAAGAAAGUAAGAAGACCGUUCUCUGUGUGGUCUCGGAGAGUAUUAGAACGACACGGCAGUGUUCGCUGUCUGUGCAUGCUGGUAUGAGAGGAGACACAAUGAGGUUUCAUAUUAUUGAUGACCAUAAUUACAAAGGACGUGACAAAGCUAUUGUCUUCCCCGCACAUACAACUAUUGCAUUUAGUGUAUUUGAACUUUACAUUCACCUGGAUGGUAACUUUGAGCUGUGUGUCACUCCAGAAUCAAAAGGAGGAUUUGAAAAAUGGCCAGCAAGAUCAUUUUCUUUAAUCAGAUUGACGAACAAUCUGUUUCAUCGAAAUAAACGGGUAAUGGAUAUCAUUGCUCACUCAGAUAAUUACUUAGACGACCUUUUUGCAGACUACUAUGAAAAAGCUGCCAGCAUGACUGACAUCUCCACAAACUAUCUCCGAGAAGGGGCCCACGUACGAGUUAAUUUACUCAAUAGCAACAUCCCCAAAGGUCCCUGUUCCCUUUGUGGCAUGGGGCGUUCUAAAAGGGAAACAGUCUAUGGCUGCCUCGAAUGUGCUUCUAAUGGACAAAAGUUUGUACGGCUGCAUGCUGUGCCUUGUUUUGACCUAUGGCACAAGAGAAUAAAGUAA